AUGCCCCAAGAUCAAAUGAGACGAGCGAGGACGAAUCUAGCUUCCACUAGUGAGGGUAACUAAAAACAUUCUGUUUUGUAUAAUAUUAGUUUUCAUAUAAAUUUACAAGUUUUCAUGCUCCCAAAGGUAGCUUGCGUGCUAUUCUAGUUGGGCGGCACGUCAGACGUAAAAGUCUUACAACAGCGUCAACAAAUUACCUAUAAUUUAAUAAUAUUGCUAAUAGGACAAAUUCAAUCACGAUAAGUUUUAGUUAUGUAAUGGUGUUAUUUGGUACAUAGCGUUUCUUCGACAAGCAAUUAACUUAGAAAUGAUACAAGUAUAUCUGUCAUUUUAAUCGUUCGAGGCAAAUUCUUAUUUUCCUUCCGUUCGUGAUCAAACGGAGGUAAUAUAAGAAUUGAGGAAACUCUCGAUUUCGUCCAACAAUAGGUAAAAUUAAAAUUUUGACCUCUUCUUGGACGAAAUUGAGAGCUUCGUGACAUUGAGAAAAAGUAUUGAUUUACGCGCAUCUUUGAAAACUAAUCUCCGUUCAAUGAAACGUUCUCGAAUCUCUUUUUCGACGUUGUUUUGAGAGAGGCCUCAAAUUACUAAAAACGUAGCGGUAGAGCUGCUAUGAUAUUUAAUUCACUUCCUUCUUGUGUGGUGUCUAGUCCGUCGAUGAGAACCAUUGUCGUUGAGAGAUGAUAUCACUUUCGCUUUAGGCCUCUGCUACAUUUCAAGUAUCGCACGCUUCGGUAGCUUACUUAAUUAGAUUCAGCAAACAUAAACAGCAUCACCAAAAACCAAUUUGCUGGAACUGAGUUCUAAUAGCUACAUAUAAUGAUCCAAAUGGGAGCGAGGUUGGCUAAAUUCACCAAGCGCAACAGAAACUACAACAGAAACAACAACAAUAAAAAAAAGGAGUAGCCACAAAAAUACAAAUUGCCGUGCAUUGUAACCUCGUUAAAUUUCUGCUUAAAAUUCUAGUUUCUACCACGCAAGGCGAGGAUGAACCCCAUCGAGUGAAACGUAGUAUUUCACAACCAUCUCCUUUCAAUAACUCUGCUCACAUCAAAGAACUAUUUGGAGACAUUAUCUCCUCCACUUUAAAGCUGUGUCAGUACCAAGGACAAUUGAAUGUUUGCCCACGUGGUCGGCCGGGACUUCCAGGGAGAGCUGGACCCAAAGGUGACAAAGGAACUAAAGGACCCCGAGGAAUUAUAGGAGCUACUGGUCGGAGUGGAAAACCAGGAAAGAUGGGACCAUCCGGAGUAAGAGGAGAAAAGGGAAUUAAAGGGGACAUCGGAGCACCGGGUCUCCCUGGUAUCCCAGGGACUAAAGGAGAACCAGGAGAGUCUCUUUCGCCUCCAAAAGUGACAAUUUCUGCACCAAAACUAAUUGUCAACGAAACCAAAACAGCCUCGCUUCUAUGCUCUGCUUCUGGAAAUCCCGCUGUUCAAAUAUCAUGGUCAAAGACCAAGGGAUCGUUGCCUAGAAACCGGACCAAAGUGGCGUCAAAUGGCCUGAUGCAGAUUACUAAUGUUGGCUUAGAAGAUGCGGGCGAAUACAAAUGCGAUGCGCGAAGUAUACUGGGAAAGGAUGAAAAAACUGCAAGUCUUGUUGUUCAAAGUAGGUUGUAUAUUUUUCACAUGUUUUCCUUUUUCUUUCGUGGUCACAUGAACAAAACGUAUCACCGAGGAAUUUGUUUUAAUCUAUGAAUGAUUCAAAUCCUUCUGGUUUGUAAAGAGGCCGAAAAGAUAAUAAUAGUACAACGGUACUAACGACUUACGCAAAUAUUCACAGCUCAGCCCCAAGUUUCACUUUCUUCGGGCCCAACCUACGUUGAAGUGGGAAAGAACAUCACUCUGCCAAAAUGUCACGUGAUAAGCUUUCCACCAGCAGUGAUUAAGUGA